AUUGUUCGCCGUCACCAGGCCACGCAAAACAGAGCGUUGUGCUCGUCGUCAGUGUCCGAAUAUCGCGCCUUGGUUUCGUCCUCUCGUCCUCUCGUUCGCACGUACGCCACCGCGUAUACUCGUCGAAAAUUGUAUAUCCCGCCUGGUCUCACGAGAAGUGUCGUCGGUCGAUCGUCGGAAGAUAAACAAGCAACACUUCUAGCUGAUCAUCCCGCGAUAAAUAAGAUUCCUCUCUGCGGUUGAGAGCCGCGAGCCCGCCUCAUCGAAGGAGCAGAGAGGCGACUUCUUCAACAUUUCCCCCCGCGCUAUCGAAUGCAAAAAUUCAAGGAGGACACGGCACACGAGCGAAAGAAGCGAGCACGUACCGGAGAAACGAUUGUAGAGCAACGUAUCAGCAAAGCAGUAUCGCAGGCAAGCUGAAAUCAGAGUUUGAGGCUUGCACCGUUAAUCUCAAACAUCGAUCUACAGUGGGGCGACAGGACCCCGCGCGAGGGUGCGAAUCGCGCGAAUUAUCAUUGUCUAGAAGUGACACAGCAGCGACGGAGGCAAAGCAUACGGCUGGCCGACAGUGGCACGCACCGAAUUAAUUUCAUGGCACAUACGGUAGCCUGAGGAGGAAGAGCGAAGGCGGGUGCGCCGAUAACCCGACAAUACUGGCAUCUCAACAGUCGACCCAAGCAAACGAUCCGGCGUCUCGAUGGUGGAGCGUGCUAAUGUUAUAUAAUAGCAUGCAGUUCGCAUAUCGCUACACGUGGAAUCGAGAGAUCAUCGUCAACUCCCAGAAACUGGUCAAAAGACGUUGAGUGUUGCGUCAUUCGCAGAAAACGUGGCGACGACACGUGGGAGGACGCGCGAUCUUCUUCGUCGCACAUCGAGCCACUUGGUCACACCACGUCGGCCUUACGGGAGAACGAUCGUGUCGGAAUCGUCGGCUCUCCCCGGGCAUCCACGUUAAAUACGCUCCCUCCCACCCUUCACGUAUCUUCUCUAAUAAGGAAAACGCGCAACACAUACCAUGGCUGCUCUAUGUUUCAGCGAACCAUUUUCAGCCUGGAUGGAACAGAGAACAUUAAUACCUAUAUACGAAGAACUGCCUAUUCCAACCGAGGAUGAAAGUCAAACCAAUGAGAUUGGUUAUCAAGCGGAUAUCUUGAAACCGCAACAACAAGAUAAUACGCAAAGUCUUUUAGAAGAAUUCGAGACAGUUUUGGAAGAUGUCGAGGCUUGCCAUCAGAUUCCACCGACUAGCUCGUUAACUCCUCCGCAAUCGCCAUUGCCGCAGCAAACGCGGCAACAGACUGCAACUGUAAACACGCAACUGUUGACUGCUCUGCAACCUGUUCGGCAACCACCGUUGUUCAUCAGCAACGAAUCCGAAACGGUCUACAAUACGAUAGCAUCAUCAGUUGAGAACUCAUAUGUAAACAGGGCACCACCAUCUGAUCACUGGACCGCCGUCGAAAACGAAUCGUUUGAAUCGUUAGAUAGAGACGAAUUGGCGGUGGCGGACGAGUACGUUCGCUCGCACACCAAGGAUGUACAAUCACCGUCGAGCCCGUGCACUAGCUCCGGCAGUAGUUGCACCUCGGCAGAGGACUUGGUCGAUGAUCCUGACUGGAGCGUGGAGAGCGAGAAAAGCAAGCGGAAGCCGUCGAGUUCAAGACAUCAUCUUAAACCUUAUCAAUGCUCUCGGCCAUCCAUCGAGGACAAGAAAGUGCGGAAGAAAGAACAAAAUAAAAAUGCGGCGACGCGUUACAGGCAAAAAAAGAAACAAGAAAUUAAAGAGAUACAAUGUGAAGAGCAUCAGUUAACGGAAAUUAAUGAAAAAUUGAAAAAUGAUUUGGCCGACCUGCAACGCGAGAUCAAAUUUAUGAAGAAAAUCAUGAGAGACGUAUUUAAAAUUCAUGGUAUUCUUCGUUAAUUUUUAUUCGUCCAAAUAAUUUUGUUCUUUGGGUAAUAUUAAAUUUUUCUUAUUUAGGCCCGUAAUAUUAUAUUAAACGUUUUAAUUACGAGAAACUAACAUAUACGACUAUUUUACCAUUUAGUAUCUUUUAUCAAUAAAGAUUUGAUAUGUUUUAUCAAUA